AUGAACAAGAUUUACAUAAGUUUGAUUCAAAAUUUUGCUUAUUUCGUUAAACAGGGGGCAGACCCAUGGCAGAGGGUUAUUAGAGAACCAGGAGUUUCUGGUUUAUCCCUUGAUGAAUCUGGGGUUUGGGAUCCUGACUUCGUCACUGCAGCAAAGUUUGUCAUGAGUCCCCCUAUUAGUGCAUCUGGACAUGAUAAGGCCCUACAAGCUGCCCUUUCAACAGGAAUUCUGCAGGUUCCUACCAAUCAUAACCGCUGGGACCGUAAAGACACUUAAAGAGACUGUGACUUUCACUUAGGGAUUUUUUCUGUUUUUUUUAUGAAAGGGAGUUUUUUUU